CGGGCAGCCACCGCCCCGUUCAAUGGCCGCCGCGCUUUACCUCCCGGCGAACCCAAAUCCGACGCCCAACCCUACCUCGUCCCUCCGCCCUCCGCUGCCGCGGCCUUCCACUUCCGGCGAGCUCCACUUCCGUCCCCGCCCAGUGCCCCGUCGUGCCCGCGCUCGAACCCAUCUCCCCGCCGCGUUCGGGAGGCGACCGCCCGCGGCGGCUGCGGCCGAGCGCGGAGGGAAGGACUACUACGCCACGCUGAACGUCCGGCGCGACGCCACCCUGAAGGAGGUCAAGAGCGCCUACCGCACCCUCGCGCGCAAGGUAGACCCUACUCGUAUUUAUCAAAUGGGGUGUUGAUUUCCAAGAUUCCACCCAUGUAUAGGUGUUGCUGGAGCUACAGACCGUGAAGAAAACACUUUCUUGGUUUGUUUUGUAUUUCAGUACCACCCGGAUAUGAACAAGAGCCCUGGGGCAGAAGAAAAAUUUAAGGAGAUAAGUGCUGCAUACGAGGUUCUGUCGGACAAAGAGAAAAGAUCUUUGUAUGAUCGGUUUGGAGAAACAGGACUUCAUGCAGAUUAUGGAGGUGGAGAUUUCGGUGCACAUGGGGUUGAUCCAUAUGAACUCUUCAAUGCAUUUUUUGGCAGUUCUAACAAGUUCUUUGGAGAUAGCAUGGGUCCAGGGCGAUUUCAUUACAGUUCAAAUGUCAAGGAUAACAGGGCACUUGAUAUUUGCUAUGAUCUUCUCCUUCCUUUUGAAGAAUCAAUCCUUGGAGGAAAACGGGAGAUCAGUAUUUCUAGACAUGAAACCUGCGGCGCUUGCCAUGGAUCUGGAGCUAAAUCUAGCAAUAGCAUAACAGAAUGUACACAAUGCAGAGGUCAAGGCAGGUCGAUGAAAUCUCAGAGGACACCUUUUGGUAUAGUAUCUCAGAUAUCUUCUUGCUUAAAUUGUGAUGGCAGUGGGAAGAUAAUUACUGAACAUUGCCCAAGCUGUGAUGGUUCAGGCAAAGUCCAAGUUGAGCGAAGUAUACAAGUAGACAUACCUGGAGGUAUUGAGGAUGGCUCAGCCAUUCGAAUUACCGGAGGAGGUAGUGUUGAUAAGCAAAGGGGUGUAAGUGGUGACUUGUAUAUAUUUGUUUGUGUUGAAGAAAAACAAGGCAUCCACAGAGAAGGUCUCGAUUUGUGCUCGGAUGUCACGAUUGAUUGCACUGAUGCAAUUUUAGGAACUACAGUGAAGGUUGAGACAAUAGAGGGAUUGAGGGAUCUUUAUAUUCCCCCUGGAACUCAGCCUGGGGAGAAGUUGAAGAUUGUGCAACUGGGAGCUCGGGACAUUAAGAGACCUAACCAUAGAGGAGACCACAACUUUGUGAUAAAGGUGAAGAUCCCGAAGAAUAUCAGUGACCAGGCACGUUCACUUGUUGAAGAUCUUGCUGCAUUAAAGGGAACUCGGGGCAUUUCAGUUCCUGGUGAUGAAACUAUAGAUCAAGGAAACUUGAGAAACAGAAGCCAUCAUUCUUCCGCAGGGAAGAAAUCAUCGUUUUGGGGGUCCGUCAGGAAUCUGUUCAGGGGUGAAGAAGGGGAUCAGAGAUUUGCUUCGAUCAGUGCACAACCUGUUAUUCCACGGUGGACUUAUCAACGCGGAGUUCAUCGUGCUGCCCCAUUGUUAGAAGGAUGCUUCAUGAUCACAACAUUCAUCUUCCUGAUAUGCAGAACGGGCAAAUUCAGGUUUCGCCUGAAGGGGGAUGAUCGCACAAGUAAAGCUGAAGAUGGAGAGUGAAUUUCGGUAGCAUUGUUUGUUGGAUGUUAAUAGUGUAAUGGAUCGGAAUCCGGUUGCACAAAUCUGUUUCUCGGGCGAUCAUAUUGUUUGCGCCCCGCCAAUUUUGUUAUUGUGUGGGAAGCCGGGAAGAAGCAGGGGCCAGAGUAACAUCAGUGAACAUAGAACAGCACAUUUUGUGCUAGUUUUCUAGACAGGUGCUCAUGACUUGAACAGGUUACAGUAUGUGAUUGAAAAUGCCUACAAUUUUAAAGAAGCCGUUGUCUCAAAAAUGGAACACGUUACAUGCAAAAGGGAUUGCAAUAUGUUUACAUGCAAAAGGGAACACGUUACAUGCAAAUGCGGUUGAAGUUUUUAAAACAUGUUUCAAAUAUUGCAAAGAGAUUGAAAUAUGGUACUAGCAUCUGUAAUGCGUUCCACUUGAUUGGUUGGAUGUUUCAAAUAUUGCAAAGAGAUUGAAAUAUGGUACUAGCAUCUGUAAUGCGUUCCACUUGAUUGGUUGGACUCCACACGGGGCAGAGACAGACACCACCGCAUUCGUCGCACCGUCCGCUACCGCUGCCGACCGGAUGGAUCCAACACCCGCCAUGCGUCCGCUCCACCGGAUUCAGCGGCGGCGGAUCCCCGCGGCCUGCAGCUUCCUCCUGCUCCUCCUCGCUCUCCUCAUCUCCCCCACCGCCGCCGCCAAGUCCUCUGGCCGCCCCAUCACCGACAAGGAGAUCCGCGAGAACAAGGCCGCCUGCUACACCGACGUCGAGAACGGGCUGUGGGGAUUCGCGUGCAGGUCGUCCACCACGGAGAAGGAGAAUUGCGUGCUGCGCUGCCUCUCGCCGGAGUGCUACAACCUCAUAUAUGGCGGCGAUCCGCUUGAGGAAGGGGAGCUAGACUAUGUCCGCAGCCAUGAGUACAAGUACUGCAUGCACAAGGUAUCCCUUGGAGAAAGCUUGGAUGGUGUGAAGGGUUCCUUCAGCUAUUCAUGAAGGAUUUAUACUUUCUGCCAAUGAAGUGAACAGAGAAACAUUCUCCAAGUCUGCUGUAAACAGUAAACUGUAACGUUUCCUAACAUAUGGUGUAUCCUUAUGUUGCAUUACGCAGUAGGUAUAUUUGUAUGAAAUUCUUAGUCAGCAAUCCAACAUAUAUCUUUCCAGUGUUAUCAUUUCAUGCUGGAAAAUUUAGUAUCUAACAGUAGCUCUUAUCCGGGAAAA